UGUGUAUUUAAAUUUAUUACAUGUAUAGUUAGAGACAAUAUUCAUUUCCAAGUGACGCCUGUUUCUUUGUAGGAAAUGAUGUACGUAGUGAAAUAUCUGUGCAUUUCCAAACCGGCAGAUAUUUCGUUGCACAACAAUAUGGCGGACACAUGUAGAAAACAGAUUAUCGCCCAAUAGUUAACCCAUAUUUUAGCAAAAUUCAAUGUAAUUAGACUCAUUCAGUACUUUAUUUGUGUUUAUCAUAAUGGCAGAAGCUCUGAAGCGUUUUGUUGCACGGAUCACUACAUCCAAAACGAAGGAAAGAUGCGAAAUCUUUGAGGAUUUACAACCCAUACUUUCAAAAAGUGAUCUUCCUGAAGCUACAUUAAAGGGCAUCCUCAAGACGUGUGUGUUUACACUUAGUCGCUAUAGAAAUGCGAAGUCGAGGAUUGCUGUCGACAAGAUAUUUGAGAUAUUGGCAGGGGAGCAUGAUGUGGCCGCAUGUAAAAACAUUGUCUCUGCCCUUGCCCCUAUUACUAAGGAUAUCAGGAAUGGAGCUAAGUCAACAUGCGCUGAUGAAUCGUUCAAGGCUCUUGGUUGGACAUGUAUAUUGAUACGAUGCGGUAAGGAUGGUUGUCAAGGUGAUGUGCUGAAGCAGAUGUUGGACCUACAAGCCAGUCUGGUUUACGGUGCACUAACCGCUAGACGCCUUGUACAGAGACAGGCUGUAUAUAAGCGACUAUGUAGACUUUGGACUGAGGCUCCCCAGUUUGUCGAGAAAUACUGCGAGUGGAUGAAGUCUAGCGAGUCCAAUAUCUACAAACUGACCUUGUGUGGCCUUUUAGUCCAAUUCCUUGUGUCAACUAAAGCUACGGACACUCUCACCAAAUACAGAGACUCAUUUAUUGAGACAUAUACCAAAUCUGUUCUUAGUGGUAGAUCACGCCCAGCAAAGCAUGCCAUGGAGGCAUGCAGACCCCUUCUAAAGUUAAUCAACCAUGCUGAGUUCAAGGAGUCCGUUUUGCCUGCUUUGCAAAAGGCGAUGUUACGCAGUCCUGAAGUGACGGUUGAGGCAGCUGGGUACCUUGUAGAAGGGGUCUCUAUUGAUCUCAGUCAGUAUGCUAUGGAAAUCGGAAAGAAUCUUGCUAGUCAGUUGCAUGCCAAGGAGGAACGUAUCCGUGAUGAUGCUGUGGUUGCUAUAGAGAAAUUAGGAAAACAAUGCAGUGACUCAGAUGCAGUUUCUAAGCUCGUGAAGCACAUCAUCGCCAUCUAUAAUGGAAGUGAAGGAAAGCUGGUUGUCGUUGCGGAGAAAAUCAGUGUCCUGUCAGGGUUGGGAAGGUUGUCUAGCAACCAGGUGACUGGUAGCCAAUCAGUGAGCAGUCUUGGAACAACAGUUGUCGAGUCUUUUAUCCCGAUACUCCAACAAGAAGUACAUGAAGCUACACUGAUUCACACUAUUCAGAUGCUGUCACUCUGGGUGUGCAGGUUCUCUACUGAUCUCCCAAAGAAACUCAUUGAAUGGUUUAAGACUGGGCUUGGGUUGAAGUCAUCCACAAGUGGUGUGAGAAUGGCAUACAUUCAGUGCAUGAAUGCAGCAUUCCAGGGUGACUGCCUCAUUCAAGCCAUGGACGUUCUCCCUGUUUUGUUGAAGACAGUAGACAAAGCCAGUAGCCAAUCCACUCAACAUGGUCUCGUCUCAGAGGCACUCAGUGCCGCCUGUCUGCUCCUGAAGCUAUCAACUGUUGAUAUCCAAGCAGAGGCGAAACUUGGCCCAUUCUGGACAGUGGUAUUAGAUAUGAAAAAUGACUUAUUCAUGAAUGACAAGUUUGUACAACAAGCCUCGGAAGAAACCAUUCUCUGCAUGUGUACAUAUAUAGAAAGACUUCUCCUCGAGCAUCCUCAGAGGCUCACAGAUAAACUAUCGCAACAGCUUUACAAGGGUAUGAUAUUUGUCCUUACACGUCCUGCAUGGAGGAUUCGUAAGCAAGGCCAGUCGUCCACCAAGAGAAUUCUGUCUGCACUAGGUGGCGCUAAUGUAGCAUUGGGCCUACUAGCUCAGUUUAGGAACUUUAUUUCGACGCAGCAGCCUAUAGACUGGGAGAUCUAUGAUGAGACAGAACAUGCUAAAUGCAUAAAACCAGGAAUUCUGGCUGCUUGUGUACAGACCAUUUGCCAAGUUCCAGGAUGUGAACCUGCUGCUGCGGGGAGUAUCGUUCUUCACUCUUUGAUUGACGCUCAUCACCCAUGUAUUGUAAUGUUCAAUGGAGACUGCUGGGUGGAGAUUGCAUCUUUACUCAAUGUAGACAUCCUAGAAUUUCUCAAGAACAAUCUCCAGACAGUGAUGGCAUCCAUAAAAAACCAAACUCCAUUAACUCAGGAUUACUGCAAUGCCCUGACAACGCUGAGUCGAGUUGCACCAAAACUUGUCCUUCCCGAAAUCAUUAAACAAAUAACUGAAAGCCUAAGCAACAGUCGCCUAGCAACCGUUACUCGGGAGGAAUAUGCCAUCAUGAUGUACCCAGAAGGAAAACUGUAUAAUACUUCUGUCAUAGAAGGAGGGAAAAACGAAGGUGGGAAUGCCAAUGUCAGAAAAGAAAGCAAGCUUUACUCGUACAAAGAACAAAUGGCUGAGAAGGAACUUAGAAAGAUUGAAGAAGAGAAGAAGAGAAAGCGUGGUGAGAAGACAGAACCCAAGCUGAACAAGAAGCAGCAAGAACUCAUGGCAGCUGAGUUGAAGAAAGAGUCUGAGAUUAGGAAAGUUAAUCUGCAGCUUGAUGAAGACCUGUGUAAGACAUGUGCAAUGUUAGCUUCUGUGGUGAAUGGAGACAGCUUAGAGCUUCGGUUGUACCUGCCGGAACUACUUACAAAGAUCCUUCCACUGAUGAAAUCUGCCCUUGCUGCACCUAGGUUGUCAAAGACAUUCUUGCAGCUUCAGGAAUCAGCCUUUUACAUGCAAUCUCAGACACUUGGUGAUCUUGUAACGCAUGCUUCGCUCCGUAUAUUUGACCCCACCUGUGACCUUGAAUCAGGCUGGGCUGAUGAACCAAUCAAAUUGCAAGCAAUCCGAGCUGUCAAUCAUCUCUAUCAGAACUGUAUCCACCUAUCAGAAGAUGAGAUGGAAGAAGACAAAAUUACCCAACUUCCCGCUCCAACAUUCGCCUUUUGUUUCGCUCUCUUGCGCGCCAUUUUGAAAGAUGGAGGGAGCUUGGUUGGCGGAAGCGAGGUCACAAUACAGAGGGUGUUGUCAAUUAUGAAAGUUCACGCUCAGUUGCGGGAUGAUGGCGAUGGGGAAUUAAAUGAGAUGGGUCCAGAGUUGCUGCCUAGACCAGCCAUGCUGGAGGUCCUUGUGGAUGUCAUAGCAACUGGCAACAACAAACUUCAGACAUCUGCUACAGAAUGUCUCCUCGAGGUGGCAUCAUGUGCAAGUGGUAACGAAGGUUGCUCAGCAGCAGAGGAAAAGGAAAUCUCGAUUUUAUUAUCUGCUCUAUUAUCGCCCGUGAUGGCAGUUCGAGAAGCAGCGUUACAAGGACUUCAUUUCCUCUCAAUGGUCCUUCCCACUCUUGAUAUUAACUUUGAGCAAGGUCUACAAGUUACUCAACGUAUCCUAGUCGCUAAAUAUGACUGCGAAGAGCUAAAUAGGAACCUAGCUGAAAAAGUCUGGACAGACACUGGUCUGGAACUCUCCCCUGAGCUAUGUAGUCUUCUCAUAGAAGAUGUCAGCCACAAUGAGAAGGUAGUGAGGGAGGCAGCGGCCCAAGCAAUGGCCCAAGUGGCCAAGGAAUACUCAGAGCAGAUUCAAACCAUCCUCCAACUCCUCAUGGUGAAAUAUCAGGACAAGUUAUAUAUGCCUCCUCCAGUAUUAGACAGUGUUGGGCGUGUAAUCUGUGAACAACCUCCAGAUGAGUGGCCAGCUAGAUGUGGUGUAGCUCAAGCUAUGAGGAAAUUAUCAGCUCUCCUUAGUGAUGAAAACAUUGAGACUGUGAUGUCUUUCAUGGUGCCUGAAGCCUUAGGUGACAGGGAUGAAAAUGUAAGACAAGCCAUGAGAGAGGCUGCAGUACAGAUAGUCAAUGACCAUGGCAAGGAAGAAGUGACAAUUCUGCUCCCAGUGUUUGAAGAGUUCCUCGAAAAAGCCCCCGAUUCUGCAAAAUAUGAUGCAGUUAGACAGAGUGUUGUCGUCCUACUGGGAUCUCUCGCCAAACAUUUAGAUAAGACAGAUCCUAAGGUGAAACCAAUUGUUGCCAAGCUGAUAGAGGCAUUAUCUACCCCCUCCCAACAGGUACAAGAAGCAGUAGCUAACUGUCUGCCCCCAUUAGUGCCUGCCAUUAAAGCAGAUGCCCCAGAACUGGUUAGCAAAUUGCUACAGCUUCUACUGGAGUCAGACAACUAUGGAGAGCGUAAGGGGGCAGCUUAUGGACUUGCAGGUCUUGUGAAAGGACUGGGUAUCUUAGCCCUGAAACAGCUUAACAUAAUGGAUACAUUAACUGAAGCGAUACAAAAUAAGAAAUCUCCGAGAUACAGAGAAGGUGCUCUCUUUGCAUUUGAAAUGCUGUGUACAAUGUUGGGCAGACUUUUUGAGCCAUAUGUAGUCCACAUUCUACCUCAUCUACUACUUUGCUUCGGGGAUGGCAACCAGUACGUACGUCAAGCUGCCGAUGACUGCGCCAAGGCCGUCAUGAGUAAACUUAGCGCCCAUGGUGUGAAACUAGUUCUGCCAUCUUUAUUGACAGCUAUCGAAGAAGAUUCCUGGAGAACAAAAACUGGUUCUGUUGAACUACUUGGUGCUAUGGCAUUCUGUGCCCCCAAACAGCUGUCCGCAUGUUUGCCAAGUAUAGUGCCCAAGCUGACUGAGGUCCUGACUGACUCUCACAUGAAGGUACAGAAAGCAGGAGAACAAGCCCUCAAACAGAUUGGCUCUGUGAUCAGAAACCCCGAGAUUCAAUCUAUUGUACAUGUUCUUCUUGAUGCUCUACAAAAUCCAACCAAGCGUACUACAACUUGCCUCGCAACUCUUUUAGAAACUAAAUUUGUGCAUUUUAUUGAUGCGGCUUCCCUUGCUUUGAUCAUGCCUGUGGUCCAGAGAGCAUUCCAAGAUCGAUCCACGGAGACUAGAAAAAUGGCUGCCCAGAUUAUCGGCAAUAUGUAUUCACUUACAGAUCAAAAGGACUUGCAGCCAUAUCUACCCUCAGUGAUCCCAGGUCUGAAGGCGUCACUUCUUGAUCCUGUGCCUGAAGUCAGAACAGUUUCCUCUCGGGCUCUUGGUGCUAUGGUCAAAGGUAUGGGAGAAACUAGUUUUGAAGAGCUCCUUCCAUGGCUCAUGCUGACACUCACAUCAGAACAAAGUUCAGUGGACCGUUCUGGUGCAGCUCAAGGUCUCUCUGAAGUGGUAGGUGGUCUUGGGCUUGAGAAGUUGGACAAACUCAUGCCUGAUAUUGUACAGACUGCUGAACGGUUGAACAUAGCUCCUCAUGUGCGAGAUGGCUAUAUCAUGAUGUACAUAUACCUACCCAAUGUCUUCAAGGAUGCGUUUAUACCAUACAUUGGACAGAUCAUCCCAUCAAUUUUAAUUGCAUUAGCUGAUGAGUGUGAAUUUGUGCGAGACACAGCUCUACGUGCUGGACAGAGGAUCGUGAACAUGUACGCAGACACAGCCAUAGUGACUCUACUUCCAGAAUUGGAGAAAGGUCUGUUUGAUGAUAACUGGAGGAUCAGGUCAAGCUCAGUACAAUUACUGGGAGAUCUACUCUACAAAAUAUCAGGUGUGUCUGGAAAGAUGACCACAACCAGUGCUCAUGAGGAUGACAACUUUGGUACAGAGGGAUCACAACAGACUAUCGUCAGAGUGCUUGGUCUGGAGUGUCGUAAUCGUGUCCUUGCCGGACUCUACAUGGGAAGAUCUGAUACUGCCCUAUUGGUCAGGCAAAGUGCCCUUCACGUAUGGAAGGUGAUCGUCAGUAACACACCUAAGACGCUUCGUGAGAUUCUGUCGACACUGUUCCAACUUCUCCUUGGAUGCCUGGCUAGUACCAGCUAUGAUAAGAGACAGGUAGCUGCAAGAACACUUGGAGAUAUCGUACGUAAGCUAGGAGAACGUGUAUUGCCCGAAAUCAUCCCUAUCCUAGAAAGAGGCUUGGAGUCGGAAGAGAGUGACCAACGACAGGGAGUCUGCAUUGGACUGACCGAGAUCAUGACAUCUACCAGCAGAGAGCAUGUGCUUGCAUUUGCUGAUAGCCUUGUCCCAACCGUGCGUAAAGCCCUGUGUGACCCCUUGGCAGAGGUCAGAGAGGCCGCUGCUGACACAUUUGAUCAUCUCCAUGGCAACAUUGGUGUCAGAGCUCUGGAUGAAAUCCUACCCGAUCUCCUGGAAAAACUGGGUGAAGAUGAAGAAGGUGAACAUGCCCUCGAUGGACUCAAGCAAGUCAUGGCUGUCAAAAGUCGUGUCGUCUUACCAUAUAUGGUACCACAGCUUACGAGGGAACCUGUUAACACCAGAGCUUUGUCAUACCUGUCUGCCGUUGCUGGGGAGGAGCUCAACCGCCAUCUUGGCAAGAUUCUUCCGGCACUCAUGAAGUCUUUGAGUUCAAAGUUUGGAACUCCAGAUGAGCAAGAGGAGCUUCAGUAUUGUGAGAAUGUAGUUUUGUCUGUGUCGAGUGAUGCGGGUCUCCGAUACGUCAUGGAUGAACUCCUAGCCGCAACCAAUACCUCAAACAUGCUCAUGUGCGCCUCCGCUGUCACCAUCCUAUACAGCUACACUAGCAAAACGAAAGCAGAUUACUCCGAUUAUAUCCCGCAGUUGCUGCGAUGUUUGCUCCAUCUAUAUACCAAGUCUGACGAGAGGGUUUUGGAGGCUAGUUGGAAUUGCCUUAAUGCGAUUACCAAAAGUCUCGACGCUGCAGAUAUGUUGAAUCACAUCUCCAAUGUACGCCAGGCUGUUCGGUUUGCCCUAAGUGAUUAUAGAGGAGAGCAUCUGCCAGGGUUCUGUUUACCUAAAAAGGGUAUCGCCCCAAUCCUACCCAUAUUCCGUGAGGGAAUCCUUAAUGGACCUCCCGACUUGAAGGAGUCUGCAGCGGUUGGCUUGGGAGAAGUGAUUAAGUUCACCAGCCCCAUUGCACUCAAGCCCUCAGUGUUAAAUAUCACUGGGCCGUUGAUUCGAAUCCUCGGAGACAGGUUUAGCUGGAAUGUAAAGGUGGCGCUGUUGGAUACACUUACGUUAUUGCUUUCUAAGUGCGGUGUAAUGUUGAAAUCUUUCCUACCUCAACUGCAGACAACAUUCAUUAAGGCCCUGAAUGACCCAAAUCGGGCAGUGCGCCUGAAGGCCGCAGAUGCAAUCUCUCAAUUAAUCUUGAUUCACUCUCGGGUCGACACCCUAUUCACAGAGCUCCACAAUGGAGUGAAGGCAGCAGAGGAUUCUGGGAUCAGGGACACCAUGCUCCAAGCACUGCGUGGCUGCAUUGAGGGGGCCAAGACUAAGAUGGGAGAUGCCAUACGUAAGCAGCUAUACUCAACACUUGAAGGACUGCUAAAUUGCAAAGAUGACCAAUCUCGACUUGUGGCUGCAGGAUGCCUUGGAGCAUUGACUGUGUGUAUGACAGAUGAUGAGGUCAUGCUACUGAUCAAUCAACAUUUCUUAGACAUGGAGGAUGACUGGGUGCUUAGACAUGGGAGAGCAGUGGCCCUUGGUGUUGGACUGAAAGUGUCUGCAGAAAAACUGUUGGUUCCCCAACAUAAGACAGCUAUACAGAAAGCCAUACUGGAUAAUAUUGCACAUGACAGGAUGCCAGUUGUUCUAAGUGGUCUACGUGCAUUAGGAUACCUUUUACGUCAUCAGUUCUCGUGUGAUGUCAUAGACAACAGCUUGGUUACCACGCUAACAAAGUGCAUGAAGAAUGAGUCAAAUGACGUUAAACAACUGACCAGUCAAGUGAUGACAUACAUAGCUCUGUCUAAAGAUGAAGGUCUACCUGUGUCUGCGCUUAAGAUUAUGGUGCCUUGCCUAGUCAACGGGACAAAGGAGAAGAAUACUGUUGUCAAGUCCACUGCUGAAACUGCCUCAGUGGCCAUUCUUAGAAUUAACAAACAACAAGCUGGAGAUACAACUCUAAAGACAUGCCUAUCAUCACUCGAUCCAGGAAUGCGAGAGGCUUUGAAUGAAGUGGUCGGCAAGGUACAUCAUAAACAAACAGCACAGCCCACAGGACGUGAUGAGGACAUUGAUGACACAUUGUUGUCCUAGCAACACUCAGUCGUCAUAUCAAUGCCUUUUUGUUGUAUCAGCGAUGCUUUGUUGUAGUCUAAGUCAUAUCAAUGCUGAAUCUACAUACCAUGAAACUAGUAUGAUGAACUAAUGUAUGGACUAUGUAAUUAAAAAGAAUGAAAUUAUUCUGAGGAAUUCAGGUCAGAAAUGUGGCCAGAAUCCAAUAGUUGGUGAGGCAAAAAUAUCUAGGUGAGGCAAAACAAGCCAAAUUGAUAUUCUGUGGGAAAUAAUUUUAAUUUUUAUUUUAAAAAGAGUGAAAAUAUUUUUCUCUAAAUUAGUGAAACUAUUAGAAGGAACUAGAAAGUUCUGGAAAGUAUUUUGGAACUUUGCAAUUGUGGACUGUGUCAGAAAUUUUCAGCCGACAUUGUGCCAAUAUUCACUCCCAUGACAUGACUGCUAUUUAAGCAACAUAGAUUCUGACAUGUGCACUUUUAUUAUACAUUUUGAAAUAUUGUGCAUCUGUGCAUGGGAAAUGUUUCCUCAAAUUAUCUUAUAAUAAGUAAUUUCCAUAUUAACCUAAGUUGGAUUGAAUAUGACAAAAAACACUCCGAGAAGCUUUAUUAUUUAUUUUGAUAAUGAAUUUCAACUUUUACUUUAACAAGUAUACUCUAUUUAUAUCAUGGUUUCCAUAGUAACAAUAAUUGAUGUAUAGAAAUAGAUGGCAGUAAUUCUGAAGAAUUAUCAUGAUUUAAUCCAUUGUAAAGAUUUCCUAACUGAAGAUAAGAUUAUACAGAUGCUAAAAUGAAUAUACAGUUGUUGGGAUGAUGCAGAUGUUGAAGUAUUGCAGAUGUUUUGGUGAUGGAUGUAAGUGGAUAUUUUGUUGCAUGAUUUAAGUGUAUUUAUUUGUAUUUCAGUAUAUUGAAAAAGACUAUUCCAUUGGCCAUGUGUAUGCAUUAAGACCCCUUCUAAGCACUGACAUUUAUAGACUUGCAUAAUGACUCUGACAAAGUUUUAGUUGAUCUCUGUGAUUUGUCCACCCCCCCACACCCCAUUUGCUAUCUUAAGCCUAGAGUGGGCUACCAAGUCUUAAGGAUAUUUGUCUGGAACCCAUAGUUAAGUUUGCAAACAGGUCAAGACAGCAAUUUACAUUGUACACAGAAUAUGUUUGAAGAUGGUUAGGCAAAAAAUAGAUAUAAAGGAAUAUACACGAAGAAGAUUAGAUGAAAUGACUGGUUUGCGAUUCAAAUGAAUGCUAUUAAUAUAUUGUGAUGUCAUAGACUCAUAAUUAAAAUUUUGUAACCAUAGCAACCAUUGGAAUGAGUUACUGGGCAACAACCAACGUUCACCUGUGUAUCAGUGUCCUUAUGUAUUGGUGUAACAGAAAAAAAUUGAUGAAUAAAAACUGUAAGAAACA